AGGAGCAAUUAGCACAGUCACACCCUCUGUUAUUUUUCCCCAUUUCCUUCUCUUUCUGCGGGGGACCCGUGUGUUUGGGGGGCAGCGCGGUGUGGCUGUGAGGCCAGGGCAGGUGCAGAGCAGGACGAUGGAGGCAGCGGACGUGCCGCCCGAGGGCUACUCGCUGAUCAAGGCCGUGUACCAGCGGCGGCUGCGGCUGACGCGCCUGCUGAUCGACGGCGGGGCCUACGUCAACGAGAGCAACAGCCGCGGCGAGACCCCGCUCAUGGUGGCCUGCAUGACCCCCCACGCCGACCUGCAGAGCGCCAGCAAGGCCAGGAUGGUCAAGUACCUGCUGGACAACAAGGCUGACCCCAACAUCCAGGACAAGUCGGGGAAGACGGCGCUGAUGCACGCCUGCCUGGAGAAGGCAGGCCCCGAGGUGGUGUCGCUGCUGCUGCUGAGCGGGGCUGACCCCAGCCUGCCCGACCACUCCAACUGCUCUGCGCUGGUCUACGCCAUCAACGCUGCCGACAGAGACACCCUGGAGCUGCUGCUGAAGGCCUGCAAGGCACGAGGGAAAGAGGUGAUCAUCAUCACCACAGACAAGUCAGCCUCAGGGAGGCAGAAAACAAAGCAGUACCUGAACGUGCCUCCUCCAGACCUCGAGGAGUGCACCUCCCCAGCUGACUGCACCUCCCCGUCAGAGAUAGAGCCGAACGAGGGUCCAGAAGACCCAUUCAGCUUUAAAGAGCUGUAUGGUGGGCAGCCGGGGGACAACUCCUCUGAAAGGGUGCCACUAAUGAGCAAAUCCAGCUCCACACCAGCACGGUUCAAGCUGACGCAGGUGCUGCAGUGUGAUCCAUGGCUAAAGUGCUGUCCAGCAGUGUUUCAGCAGAGGAAAAUUCCUUCUCCUCAAGAACUUCGGAGUAUCAGUCCCAUGGAAGAGCUCUCCUGUAAAGUCAGUGACCUUGACUUAUGCAAGAGUGUCAGUCACGAAAGCAGAGACAGGAAGGGCACUGCUCAGGUAGUGAGAACCUCUGACCAAACCAUGUCAAGGAAAGCACUACGCGAUGCAAUAAACUAUCAGACUCCUUUUGUUGAAGAGAAACAUAACCCCAGUGAGAUUCCCAUGGGCAUGGAUGCCAGUUUGGGACAGAUCAGCUUACUUUCAAACCUUGGCAGUAUUAUCAAGAAAGGAAGCGGAGAACCAAAUUACAACAUCUCCAGUUCUCAGUUAGCUAACACUCUAAUUCCUGCUGCUGAUACCAAAGGUAGUAAGUCACCAAAAGGAAAUAAAGAGAUUCUUCCUACGUACCAGACUUUGUUACCAAGUCCGAGAAGAGUUCUGGAGAUGUCUCCUCUUUCUCCAAGAGGCAGAAAUCAGGCUCCUCUAGAGGAAGAGAGCUCAGGAGCCCUAGUGCUGGAUCAGACGAGGCCAGGUUUUCUGCCUCCACUGAAUGUGAGCCCCCGCCCCCCAGUCCCAGAGCUCACUGUCAUAAACACAGUUUCUGGAAUGAUUUCUUAUGGACAAACUCACUUAGUGCCCCCAGGAUCUGCCUGCCCUAAGGGGACCAAAGAGACGAAUCUGCUGCGGCGGAGGCCGUAUGAGCAGAUCACAGUCUGAGCAGAUUCAGCAGUUACUGAAUCUUUACCAGGAGAGCAAAGGGGAUCUUUAUGAUAUGUAAAUAUUCACUGCAGUCCUUGACUGUAAUGGUAUGUAUCACAAAAUAGAGCAGGUCUGUGAUGUAAAGUAAUGUCUGCCUCAGGAUGAGUGCUACAGCUCAGAAACUAAAAGAAAAGACAUCGAAUGAGGCUGUCUUCUGCAGAAUAAGGAGUGUUUA